AUGGGCCCCUGUACCGCCUCCUCAUGCUGCUGCCAGGCCCGUAAUCUGCCAUGGGCCCCCGUACCAACUCCUCAUGCUGCUGCUAGGUCCCGUAAUCUGUCAUGGGCCCCUGUUACCGCCUCCUCAUGCUGCUGCCAGGUCCAGAGUGUGUCAUGGGGUUCCUGUACGGCCUCCCAUUGCUGCUGUCUCCAUCGCCACACUCUGCCAUGUGCCACUUUCAGGUCUCCUCACACUGCUGGUGGUUUUCCAUUUUGUCAUAGGGUGCUGUAUGGCCUCCCCAUUGCUGCUGCCUCCACCGCCACACACUGUGGCUCCACACUCUGGUUUUGGCCCCGUGACUGCCCAAAUGAUGGUGAAGUGUGCGGUGUUUCUAAAGAUCGACGGCACUCAUCUGCAUGUCAUACUGACUGUCAGUAUUAGUUCUCUUCCCCAGCAGACUCCAAGGGCAUUUAAAUUAAAGGUAAAGUGUUCUGCACUAUAUAUAA